UCUGUCAAGUCGUGAAUGCCGAUAAUAUUCUGAAAUUUCAAAUAUUUUUAAAUAUAUAAAUGAAAAAGCUACCCUAUUUCAUGAGUUCAUUGGGCCAUCUACGUACUCUAAAGGCCCAUAAUUGUAAUCCUCAGCUUGGCGAUUCGUGCAAACCCGUCAUCAUCUCACGAUCGAAAUGCGGGAAGGCACCGAGGUCAACAAGGUCAUUUAGCAUACGCCCGUACAUAAUCCUGCUCUUCUCGCCAAUCACAAAAACCCUAAGCGCCACCGGACAAUUCGUUGCUCGCGAUCCUCGCUUCGGGAUCCGGAAGAGAUGGCCAAGUCGAAGAACCACACGGCGCACAACCAGUCGUACAAGGCGCACAAGAACGGCAUCAAGAAGCCCAAGCGCCACCGGCAGACCUCCACCAAGGGGAUGGACCCCAAGUUCCUGAGGAACCUGAGGUAUUCAAGGAAGGGCAACAAGAAGAGUGGUGAGGCUGAGGAGUAGGAAGGAAAGCAUGGUUGUGUUUCCUAUGUUUUAGCUCAGUUGUAAGGUGGAACUUAGGACCUUUUGCUGCCGAAAUGUUUUUAUGAUAAUCAUGUUUUGAAGAGUUACGGUUUACUUUCAUUAUUUCCUUUGCCCUUGGUAACUAAAAUUAGUUGUUUCGAUUGCGUCUGGGUUUCAUUGGAGGCUAACCUGUUUGGGAGGCGGUUUAAUGUUUUAUCUUGUGGUCGAGUGAGCAUUAGAGCAUGUACAACUUAGAGCUUGAUCGGUUUUCAUGGUAUUAUCAUGCAAUGGAAUGUUUUUAAA